UGUCAGCAUCCCUGACGAGAGAAGUGGCGCAUCUCCCGGACUGGGAACACCGAGCCUUUUCCUGCACCGCAGCUUCUGUUUCCCUGAGGACUGGUGCACAGUAGGACGGUUGCGUGUAUACAUACAUACAUGGGGUAAAUUUUAGAAUAUCAUGUGCUAGUAUUAUGCUAAACGGAGACAUUCAUCCAGAAGAAGAAGAAGAAUCAGCCGUAUUUGUGUAUUUCUGUGGCGAAAUGAGGCAGGGGGUGGAGAGUCGCCACAGAGACGUUGGGCUUUGGCCAAACAGCACCGCAUUUUAGCCCGGAUUCGAUGCUCCAUGGGAUUCUAAUUGCAUUGCUGCGUUUUUGAUCGGACAUUUGCAAAGUGGAUGGUGAAACAUGCAGCUUGCUUGAGGACAACACGUACAUCUACUGCUGCCAUGACAGGCAGAGCAGGUCUCUUCACCGCCACGGCUUCGCCGGUUGGAUAAGAAGCAGACUCAUUGGGACGUGGUCGCAUCUGCGGAACUGCCUAUGUGGGCUGUUAUUAUUGUCCGUGGAGCCUAAAACGGUCCUUAUUAUAUACGCAUACACACACAGUGAUCCUUUGCUCAGGGAAAAUGUCUUCUCGUUCUGCGUUACCGUCUGGAAACGACAGGAGUACUGACCAUCAUGUGUCCCUGGGGGCCAGCCGCUCCGAUAAGGGCACCAGCCUGUCCAGCCGCUCUCUGGGGGCCCGCUGUAGGAACUCCAUCGCCUCCUGCUCCGACGAGCAGCCCCACAUCGGAAACUACCGCCUGCUCAAGACCAUCGGCAAGGGGAACUUUGCCAAGGUCAAGCUGGCCCGCCACAUCCUGACCGGCAAGGAGGUGGCAAUAAAAAUCAUCGACAAAACUCAGUUGAACCCCACCAGUCUUCAAAAGCUCUUUCGGGAGGUGCGAAUAAUGAAAGGUUUGAAUCACCCGAACAUAGUGCAGCUGUUUGAGGUGAUUGAGACAGAUAAGACCCUUUACCUCAUCAUGGAGUACGCCAGUGGAGGUGAAGUCUUUGAUUACCUUGUGUCUAACGGGAGAAUGAAGGAGAUUGAAGCCAGAGCCAAAUUUCGACAGAUCGUUUCUGCUGUCCACUACUGCCACCAGAAAUACAUUGUACACCGAGAUUUAAAGGCGGAGAACCUGCUGCUGGACGCCGACGCCAACAUCAAGAUCGCCGACUUCGGCUUCAGCAACGAGUUCACCCUGGGGAACAAGCUGGACACCUUCUGCGGCUCCCCGCCCUACGCCGCCCCGGAGCUCUUCCAGGGCAAGAAGUACGACGGGCCCGAGGUGGACGUCUGGAGCCUGGGGGUCAUCCUGUACACGCUGGUCAGCGGCUCGCUGCCCUUCGACGGGCAGAACCUCAAGGAGCUGAGAGAGCGUGUUCUGCGAGGGAAGUACCGCGUUCCCUUCUACAUGUCAACGGACUGCGAGGGAAUCCUCCGCCGCUUCCUGGUGCUCAACCCCACCAAGCGCUGCACCCUAGACCAAGUCAUGAAGGACAAAUGGAUCAAUUCAGGCUUUGAGGGGGAGGACUUGAAGCCCCACAUAGAGCCGGUCGAGGACUACAGCGACGCGGCUCGCAUAGAGGUGAUGGUUGGGAUGGGCUUCACACCGGAGGAAAUCAAGGACGCUCUGCUGAAUCAGAAGUACAACGAGGUCACCGCCACCUACCUGCUGCUGGGCCUCAAGACAGAGGACGGGACAGGCGAGACCCGUUCUGCCAGCAGUCUGUCCCUGGCACGGGUACGACCCAGCCCCAUCACCAACGGAACCAACAAGCACUCCUCGGCCACCGGCUCCUCCUCUUCCUCCUCUUCCUCCUCCCAUAGCAAGACCCAGCGCAGCGCCUCCACCUACCACAGGCAGAGAAGACACAGCGACUUCUGCGGCCCCUCCAUGCCCGUCAUGCACCCCAAGCGGAGCCCCACUAGCACGGGGGACCGGGAGCUCAGGGAGGGCCGCAUGCCGUCCCGGAAGGCCAGCUGCAGCGUGAUGGGCAGCCACAGCCUGCCGCCCUCCAGCCCGAUGGUCAGCAGCGCCAACAACCCCAACAAGUCGGAGAUCCCCGACCGGCGCAAGGAGAUGACCGCCACCACGAAUAACAUCCCGGGGAGCGCCAUGACACGUCGGAACACGUACGUGUGCACGGACCGCGCCGGCACCGAUCGACAAUCUCUCCUGCAGAACGGCAAGGAGAACAGUUCCCUGAGCCAUCGCAUCCCCCCGGCCUCCCCCUCCACCCUCAGCAUCUCCGGGGCGGGCGCCUCCUCCUCCUCCACCUCCUCCACGGACCGCUGUCGCCUCACCCGGGGCUCCACCAUCCGCAGCACCUUCCACGGGGGCCAGCUGAGGGACCGCGGGGCCCCCGUCUACUCGGCCCCGCCCACCUCGCCCACCCUCUCCCACCACGAAGCCAGCCCGCUGCCGCACGCACGCAGCCGGGCCACCUCCAACCUCUUCACCAAGCUGACCUCCAAACUCACACGCAGGGUCAACCUCGACCCCUCUAAGCGCCAGGGUUCAAACAAAUCAGUGUCGGGUUGUACUCUACCGCAAGGAUCAAAAACAGUUAGGUCACAAAUGAAUCUGAGGGAAUCAGCAGAUUUGCGAUCACAAGGUUUGGAGCUCCUCCAAACCCCCUCACCCCUCCUCCCCUCUCUCUCCCCUCACAGUCGCCAUCUACCUGGGCAUCAAAAAGCGUCCGAGUCCCGGGCCGUCGGAUGUGGCUGGGAUCUGAGGCGGGGGGGCGGCUGCGGCGGCGGCGGCGGCGGCGGCGUGCGGCGACGGGACCCUGCCGAGGUGGUCCUGGCCCUGCGGGACGCGGCCCUGAGCUGCGGCUGCCAGGUCCACCACGCCGGGCCCUUCCUGCUGUCCUGCAGCCGCGGCGCGGCCGGGGCCCGCGUGGCCUUCCACGCCGAGGUGUGCCACCUGUCCACGGGGGGUGCCUCCGAGACUUCGAACGGGGUGCGCUACACGCGCCUCUGGGGGGCGCCCGUGGCCUUUAGGGACAUCGCCACCCAGAUCUCUAGGGACCUUGAGCUUUGAUAUCAAGGGGCCGUGUGUCGUUUGUCAUUGUGGUCGGGGUGUGUGUGGGUGGGUGUGUGUGUGGGGGUUGGUUUGUUUGUGUGUGUGUGUGUGUGUGUGUGGGUGUGGGUGUGGGUGUGUUUGUGUGUCUUUCUGUGUGGGUUAAAGUGUAUGCCUGUGCGUGCGAGGUAAAAGUGGGGGAGGGGGAUGAUGACACACACAAAAAAAGAGAAGAAAAGGAGAAGGAGCAAGGGGCUGGACCCACAAAUCACACUUCUCCUCCUGGUUUAUGGACACACACACACACACACACACACACACACACACACACACACACACACACACACACACACACACACACACACACACACACACAGAGACACGCAUACUUACUUCACUCUUUUAGUCAUAAAGCCUGAGCCCCCCCCCCCCCCACCAACACCACCACCACCACCACAACCAUCACCAUGACCACCACCACCACCACCAUCACACUGACCACCACCGUCACCUCCGCCCUGGCCUUCCCCAGCAGAGCCCCAGCAGUGCCGUCCCCCCCCCGUCCCCCCCUGUCCCCCUCCAAAACUCACCUACACCACCCCUCUCGACUUACUGAGCAACUCUGCCCAUUGGCCUGGACUCAUGGAGCAAAGAAACUCCAGCUUGGUAUUUUGUAGUGCUACUCUAGACAUAAAAAACAACAACGAUUUGUUAUUAAUACUAUAAUUUUUGUUAUUAUUUUUUAUUGAUGCGCUCACGCCAUUUUUAGUUUUUUCAUCCUCGUCAGAAACACCCGUCGUUUGGAAAGCCAGUUCGGUGCAUCUCUUUGCGUGAACAGACCAUGUUUUUUUGUUUUGUUUUGUAUUCCCUGUUUGAUCCUGUUUGACAUUGACACCAGUGAAGUGAUAAUAUCCACCAUCGUUUUUUGUCACCUGUGGACAAUCUGCACAAAUGCCACUCAGUGAUCAGUUAAGCGCCCCACAGAAGGGGGGCGUUGGUGUUAUGUUUUGGUUUGUGUACAUAGUGUAAGCUGCCAUCGGAUUACUGUCAGUCACAAGGGGAGGGGGAGGGGGGGGGCGGUUAUCAUUUUGGGUUGACAUGGCUUUGAAGCAGCCAAUCAGAAUGCGGUUCUCGGUUGGCUGCCAUGACAGUGAUAUCAACUGUGUUCAAAUGGCAGGGAAGGGAUAUUUUCCUCCACUUUUACAUUGAAUUGGCCCGGUGCCAAUUUCGCAGCAUCAAAUAAGACUUUAAACGAGUAAGUACACUUCUUGGCCAAUAUACACAGAGGUAAGCUAUUUUUUUCUGGCAAAGAGCUAAAUGUUCACUUCACCUUUCUUUCACUUGACCAUAUUGACUCCUGCCAAACCAAUAUGGAGGUUAACCACUAAAGGUUGAACCGUUAACCUUCCAUAACCGUUUUCUUCUUAUGCCAGCUUCCCUGAGAAAAUUAUUAUUAAUGACAAAAAAAGGUCUGUAGAGCUACGUAUUAGAUAUUGUUUUGGAAAACAAAUUGCACAUAGCUCUCAGAUUGACCUUAAUGUUUACAUUGGCCAAGGUUAUUUAAAUGUAUCAGUGACCCUUUCAGUGCUCCUUUGAACCCAACCUUGUUGUUUCAUCCAAUUUGUAUAAAUUAUAUUAGCACAGAUGAAUUGGAGAAUACACAAUCUUUUUUGUGGAACAAAAAUGGGAAAAUCUAAUGCCCAGAGAAAUAAUAAAUAAUGCGUAGGUAAUUUAGCUCAAAAUAACAACUUCAAAAAGCAUUCCCAUUCUAGAACGUUGCCUAAAAGAUACUCCCUGAGGUUCUAUCUAUCUAUCUAUCUAUCGAUCUAUCGAUCUAUCGAUCUAUCGAUCUAUCGAUCUAUCGAUCUAUCUAUCUAUCUAUCUAUCUAUCUAUCUAUCUAUCUAUCUCUCUAUCUCUCUAUCUCUCGAUUUCCUUACUCUUUCUCUCUCUGCUGUCUCUGCUUUCUGAUCUCUCGCUUUUCAGGUACCCGCUCAAAUCACAUUUUGCACAUAUACUGGUGUACCUCCAAUAUAAACUGGAAUCUAUACUGGUAUCUGUGGGGAUGAUCAGGGAACGUUCUGGAUAACUUGCAACUAGAAGUCUUAUUGUCCUCCCAGUCAGGUUGCCUUGAAAGUCCCUCCCUGCCCCGAAUAACAAGUAUCGUCAACGGUUUACAUCUCCCCUCCUGUGGUUUAUAAAGGGCAGAUGGUGGUGUCGAUGUAGGCUGCCAGCUUCAUGUUAAUAUUAACUUGAUUGGUUGUGGCUUCGCUCAUGUAGAUAUCUAUCUUUCUCUCCGUCUCUCUGUCUCUCUCCCUCUCUCUGUUUCACUCUCUCUUUCUCUCUCACACUCGGUCUUUCAUUCACUCCACCAAACCAUUGAAACCGUCUAAUAUGCCUUUCUUGGUCAACAUCCCCAUGUUUAAUAGGGGCCCACGUCACAGACCGUAGCCGUCCACCAUCUUGUGUGUAACAAUUAGGUGUCCCCUCUCUAAAAUAGGACAUCCUUACUCGUCCAAUGCAGAGCAUUCGGCCUUUCUCCGCUCUCAUCUUGGGGGUUUUGGGAUUCUGUGUUUUAUUGAUUUCUGUGUUUGGCAGGGAAACACCCAUUAGCUGUCAUUUCACUCGCAGUCAUGUCGUAGACCCGUUUAUAUAAAUAUAUAUAUAUAAAUAUAUCUCCUUAGAUAUCCUCAGUCCUGUUUCGUCUGUGCUGUUACAUGAGUCACGACACAAACCCGAUAUCGAGGAGAAUAGUUUGACCUGUCCUCCCUCCCUCCUCAGAGCACCAAGGCAGUCACAAAACAUGGAUGCCCGGAUGCUCUGUCCUCUCCCUGGACUUUCUCAUUGUGGUGUAUAUUAGCAUUAGGUAAUAUAGACCUCAAUGCACUUUGCUUUUGACUUGAAUCAGCUCCUUCCAGUGUGCCUGUACAGGUAAAAACUGAGAACUAGCCACUGGAGGGCGCCAAUGUCUUAAAUGUGAAACACUUCAAUUUGUGGAUAUUUGCACAGGUACUUUAUUUAUUUUUUAGAAUAAUCUCAUUAAAAAAAACUGGAUUCAUAUCAGUCAGUUAAUGGCUGUAUAUAAAAUAUAUGAAUAAAGUAUAUAUCUUAGAGCUCAAGGUUUAUUUAUAGGUAGAGCAAGGGAAAUAAUUCUAGUUAAAAACAGUUUCUGUCAAUGACAACGGGGAACAAUACUGACCUGCAAUACUGCAUGACUACAGAGUUUCGGUCUAAAGGGGAAAAACGAAAAAAAAAUGAAAAUAUCCACACCUACAAGUGGAAGCUACAUGCCACAUGGGCCCAGUCUUAGGUAUACCAACCAAGAAAAAAACAACAAAUAAGUCAAAAGAUAUGGUGCUCUAUGUGCUAUCCUUUCCCCUGACCACAAGUAUGCGAAAAAUGGAAAGUUAUUUAGGACCAUAUUGUUUGCAAAAAUAAAAAUAACAUGGAAUAUUUGUUUACAUAUGGAGCUUUUUAAAAGGUCCGUCAAAAUAUUCAGAUAUGUCCUUAAUUAAAAAAGAAGAUGAAAAAAAUACUCCAAAGGGAGCUGAAAGAAAUGUGCUACGGAGAGAAUUACCAAUUUGUAAACGCUUCUACACUUUGUAAUGAAGGAAUCUACGCCCAUCCAGAGACAAGCCCUGAAUUUCUGAAAAGCCUUUGGAUUGCAUUCAAGCCAUAGAAACAUGGAUUUUAAUGAUCUCAGACGACAAAAGCCCUCUGGUGGAAUGCUAAGUAUGUGUGUGUGUGGGGAUUAGCAAAGAGUUUGGCGGAAGGGGAUUUAUUGAUAAGGAAGAACAAGGCCUCAAUUUUGCGUUUAGCUGUACGGACAUUUGUCCGACAGUGGAAUAUAUUCUGUGAAAUGUAUAGAAAAUGUAUUUUGAGGGAGACCAUGGUCGAUGUGUGCUGGUACGUCGACUCAGACACAGAUUGUCAUUGGAUGUGUGGAGAUAGCUUAAUUGUUACAGUAUUAUGUUCCUGGAGGAAACUUAGUAUUUUAAAGUGCACUGUCAUUCUGGAGCCAGAUUUUGUAACCAGUUGUUGUAAUAUGCAAAUGGGGACUAAUGGAAGUGAAGAAGAUGCACAGUUUGGUAAUAAAGUGAUUCUGCUCCCCUCUGCUGUUUGAUCCUCCCCUCAGAAACAAACUGUAAAGUGAGAUUUAUUGGUUGUGGUAUAAAAGGAAAAAAUGGAGCUGACGAUUAAUAAAGAUUCACAUAUGUUGCCAUUUUUCCUCUA